AUGGAUAGCGGGAGUUUGAAUGGAGUUAUUUUCCUUGACCUUAAAAAGGCGUUUGACUGUGUAGAUCAUAAUAUACUUACAACAAAAAUGGAUUAUUAUGGAAUAAGAGGUCGUGAUCUAGCUUGGUUUGAGUCCUAUCUUACUAAUCGGAUACAAUUUUGCAAG